CGGAACCACAUGUUUUCCCAUCAUUUCUAAACCGCUGGAAACUUUGCUGUCCAGAAAUUUUGUGGAAAAAGUGCUGAUAUAAUUACAGAAUGGCAGAAGAAGCUGAAGCAGAUGAGAAGAGAAUUUUGGCUCAGUUCAAAAGUGAAAGUGGAGAUGUUACAGGAAAUGCAUUUGAUUUACCUUUAAACAUCACAGCAGAAAAGCUACAGAUGAUCUGCAAUGCUUUAUUGACAAAUGAAGAUCCUAUCCCUUACUCUUUCUUUGUCAAUGACAUUGAAGUAACUGACAGUCUGGUGAAGGCACUGGAUGAUAAAGCCCUAGAGAACACAGAACAGGUCCUGGACAUAGUUUACCUCCCUCAGGCUAUAUUUAGAGUGAGGGCCGUAACAAGGUGCACCAGUACCAUCCCGGGACAUGCAGAGGCUGUCAUUUCUGUAUCAUUUAGUCCUGAUGGACGGUAUUUGGCUAGUGGUUCAGGAGAUACAACUGUUCGGUUCUGGGAUGUGCAAACAGAAACUCCUCACCAUACUUGUAAAGGUCAUAAACACUGGGUGUUAUGCAUAGCUUGGUCACCUGAUGGAAAGAAGCUAGCCUCUGGUUGUAAAAACAGUCAAAUUUGUGUAUGGGACCCAGAUUCAGGCCAUCAAAAAGGAAAAACUCUAACUGGACAUAAACAGUGGAUAACCUGGCUGUCAUGGAAACCUUUCCAUUUAGAUCCAGAAUGCAGAUUCCUUGCAAGCAGUUCUAAAGAUGGUACUAUAAAGAUCUGGGACACCCUGCUGAGUCAGUGUCACAUUACCCUGUCGGGGCACCUACAGUCAGUGACCUGUAUCAAAUGGGGAGGGACUGACCUCAUUUACUCCGCCUCCCAGGACAGAACCAUCAAAGUGUGGAGGGCAGAAGAUCUCCCUGACUUGAAGCUCAAAUCAGAUCCCGUCCUGUGUGAAUGUGUGAUAACCUCUAUCUCCACCACUGGUCUUUAUUUUUGUACACUUUCCCCCAGUAGUCUGUUUGGAAAAGAUUCCCUUCUUUCACUACCCAGAGUCUGCCUGGUUGAUCUGGUGAUCAUGGAAUACACCAUCAACACCUGCUCAUUAACUCCCUUCUUUGGGGACAAGGCAGAUAGAGACAAAU